CCAUGCCUCCUGCAUCCCCCCCUCCAAACCCCCCCUCCCCCCCGCAAAAAAAAAUCCCUCAUAAUCCUCUCUUGAGGCCUUGGGGGAAGAAUAAACAGCCUGAUGGGGCAGGAACCACACAAGCAGAGGGAGAUUGCUGGUGUUGUGGGGGGAGGUUGUCUGUGCACUAGAGAUAGGGGGAUCUCUGGGAGCAUUGUUGAAUCAAGGGGUGAGGUUUCCUGCUGCCCUGAUUUCCCUGCCAUGGGUGAGUAGUCAUACUACAGCCCCCUCCCCAGGGUUUCUGAUUUGCUGAGCUGGGGCUGGCACGGGGUCCCUCUGGUGUCAUGCCUAGCCCUGGGUCAAAGGGUCACAAGAUCUAGGCUAGGCCCCCUGGACUUGAGGGGGGACUGGGACUCAGUGCCUCCCCUGCCCACCUCAAAGCAGGACCCCACUGACCACUCCCAAGCAGGAUCUUUGGUGUGGGCCCCAUCAUGGCCACAAGGGGGUGCUUGUGCUCCACCAAACCCCAGGCUGGUCCCAUGUUUGGUGUGAGGGGGAAGGGAUGGGGGUCUUGGAAACUGCCCCUCCCUGUGCUAGAAUUCUCCCCCUGCAAUGCCCUGGCUCCACUCCCCUCCAGCUGCCCAGGCCAGGAGCCCUGACUACUCCCAGUUAGAGUGACCAGAUGUCCCGAUUUUUGGGUCUUUUUCUUAUAUAAGCUCCUGUUACCUCCCCCCUCCCCGUCCCGAUUUUUCACACUUGCCGUGUGGUCACCCUACUCUCAGCUCCCUACCUCCCCCAGAGUGAGAACAUGGGCCUCCUUCCCCCUCAGACCAGGAACCCCAACUCCCCCCACCCCUCUAGUCCAUGAGACCCAGCCCCCUACUUUUCCCAGAGUGGGAGGCCUGAGAUUCCCACCCCUGCCCCAUGUUCAGGCCUCCCACCCCCAAGGCCAGGAGCCCUGGCUCCUUCCCUCAGCCAUUGGCUGCGCAGGGGGUCCUGGCUCCUUCCCAGCACUGAAAUCUGAGCCAGGACAAUGCACGGUGCUGGGAGGCUGAUUUCCUGCCGCUCAGAGCAGCAGGGGGUGCAGGAUGUUCCCCUGCGGCUGUGCUGCCGCCAGGGUGGGGAGAUGAUUUGCCUCUGGCCUAAAAUGAUUUCCGAGGUGUAUUAUGGGUCUGAGUUCAGAGCCCUUUUCAGGCCGGGUGCUACACAGACUCCUGCCCCCCAACCAAGAGUGGGCCCACAUCCAUUGGGCUAGCCACUGCAGACCUAUAAGGAGCAGGAUGUGAAUCAAUUGGAGACCCAGCUCGUUGGACUGGGGGUUCAGAGCAGGCCCCCCAACCUAGCAGCAUUGGGGGUACUGGGAAAUAGAGCAGAGACACUCUUGGGGGGCUAAGUGGGGUUUGGGAGAAAGGGGCUCAGUGGUGGGAGCUGAGAGCCAUGUCCCAGGGGGGCUGCUGUGUUGCUCCCCACCAUCACAAGGAUGUGGGGGUAUUGAAAGGCAGUACAGCUGUCACCUAUGGGGCACAGUGGGUCUCCCCACUGCCGGAUGAUGGCAAGAUCUGACUAGGAAUGAUGCCUACAGGUUUAUGCUGGGGAGAGGUCGUGGUGAUGGAGAGGGGGUCCACUGCACCCCCCCCCGAUUAAGGGAAGGAGCCAGUCCAGCCCUGACGUGGUCGGGAGAGGGGUCCCCGUCACCUCCUCUCCAGGUGCGGACGCUGGAGAAUCUGGUGCCCCUGGGGUGGGUGCAGGACGAGCCUCAAAGUCCCAGUGCCCCAGACAGACAGACGAGGGCCCGGGAGUAUUUCCUGCACCUGGCAGAUGGAGCCUUCCUCACCCAAGUCAUGGGGCUGAUAGACCCAACCCCCUGGCGUGCCCGGCCACCCCAGAGCCAGCAGGGCGACGAGAGGCUGCGACUCCAGACCCUGCACACCCUGCUGCAGCAGCUUCGCACUUUCUACCAGGAUGAUCUGCAGCAGCUGAUUCUAAUGACUCCCCCUAAUGUGCAGCUUCUCGCCAGAGACCCCCUGACAGAGCAGGGCAUCGAGGAGAUGCGGAAGCUGCUGCUGCUGCUGCUGGGGGCUGCUGUGCAGUGUGAGCGGAAGGCAGAGGUCAUUGAACGGAUCCAGGGACUGGACAUCGAGACCCAGACUGCGCUGGCUGGUGCCAUCCAGGAGGUGACACAGGACCCAGGGGUGGUGCUGAGCCUGCAGUGGGGGGGACUGGCUGAGCUGCACCCCCUGGAGCUGACACGGGUCCUGCAGGAGCUGUCGUCCCGGCUGCGGGGCCUGGUGCAGGAGCGGGAUGCGAGUGCCGAGAGGCUGUGGGAGCUGCAGCAGGAGCGGGAGGUGUCAUCCCCCCAUGGCCCACUGUCCCCCGAGGGGCCCUGGGACAAUCGCCAGCACCUCGGGGUGCAACUGGCUGAUGCCCGGGGCCAGGCCCGGCGCCUGCGCCAGGAACUGGAGGAGAAAUCUGAGGAACUGCUGGAUCAGCGCCAGGAGCUGCAGGAGCUGGAGGCCGAGUUGAGGAGGCUGCGACAAGAGCACCGGGCAGUGGCGGGUGAGGCGCGCCUGGCGGGGCUGUACCGGGAUGAGCUGGAUGCCAUGCGGGAGAAGGCGGCCCGGGCUGAGCGCCUGCAGGGGGAGCUCUCAGCCCUGAGGGAGCGACUGCCCGCGCUGGAGCGGUGCCGGGGCAGGCUGGAGGAGGAGCGGGCCUUCUCCCAGGCCCUGCUGGACAGCAAGGCCCAGCUGGAGGGGCAGCUGGAAUCCGCCCGCGCCCGAGCCCAGCACCUGCCCCAGCUCGAGAAGGAGAAUCUGCUGCUGCGGAGCCAGUUAGAGCAAGUUGAAGAGGAGCGGGAGCGGGAGCGUCAGCGGCUGGAGGAGCUGCAGCAGGAGAAGGUGUUGCUGGAGGGGGAGCUGAGGCAGAAUCUGGGGGAGUCCCAGCACCUGUCCUGGGAAGAGGAGCAGGAGCCCAAUGAGGCUCCCAAUGACCCUGCUGAGACUCCCAAGUCCCUGAGCUAUGAGGUGACUGAGGUGACAUCCAGCCGCCUGCUAGCACUGGAGCGGGAGAACCAGGAGCUGCGCCGGAGGCUGCAGGAGGCACUCGAGGCCCCGGGAGAACCCAGGAGUCCGGGCCUUGAGCAGAAGAAUAAGGCCCUCAGCAAAGAGGUGCAGCGGCUGGGGGCAGAGCUGGAAGCCCAGCGGGCCCGGAGCUCCCAGGAACGGGAGGAGCUGAGCGCCGCCCUCCUGGGGGAGAAAGAACAGCUGGAGCGGGAGCUGCGCAGCUUGCAGGAGCAGCGGCACUGCGAGCAGGAGUCUCUGCAGAGGCCGGGGGACCCAGGCGCCUGGGCCCAGGAGCAGCAGGAGGCACUGGCAGAGAGUGGGCGCCGGCUAUGCCAGGUGGAGGAGCGGGCGUCCAGCCUGCAGGAGGCAUUGCGCCGGCUGGAGGCCACUCACGCCAAGGCCCUGGAGGGGCUGACGGCCUCCCAGGAGGCCCGGGGGCGCCUGGAGCAGGAACUGCUGAGACUGCGGCAGGAGCUGGAGCAGCAGCGCCUGGAGGCCCUGCUGCUGGGGCAGCUGGAGGCCGAGGUCCAGGCGCUGGAGAAGGAGCGAGAGGCACUGCAGGCAGAGUUGAGUCAAGCCGAGCGGGAGCUGGCGGAGGCCCGGGGCAGUCUGGAGGCAGAGCGGCAGCGGGCCGGGCGCCAGGCUGAACAGGCGCGGGAGGCUGCGGAGGAGUUACGGGCGUCCGAGCGUGAGCUGGGCACCCUGCAGCGCGGGCUGGAGCAACACAAGGCGGCCCUGACCCAGCUGGAGGGCGAGCGAGGGGCGCUGGAGGCGGUGCUGAGCCAGGCUGAGAGAGAGCGCCGGGCGCUGGACAAGGAGACCCGGCGUCUGCGGGCCCAGACCCAGGCCCAAGAGGAAGCACUGGCAGAACAGGGCCGCCGGGCCGCCCAGCUGGAGGCCCAGAGCCGGCUGCAGGCGCUGGAGUUGGGCGGGCUGAGAGAGACAGCGCAGCGGCUGCGGGAGCUGGAGCAGGAGAGCAAGGGGCUGCGGGAGCAGCUGGCAGCUGAGCGCAAGGCCUCAGCCGCUCUGCGGGAGGAGCUGCUGAGCGAGAAGGUGAAGGGACAGGAGCGGGAGGCUGACCUGGUGCGACUGCGGGAGCAGCUGGAGCGGCGGGAGGAGGAGCAGCGCCUCCUGGAGGAGCAGCAGGGCACCCAGCAGAGCCAAUACCAAAGCCUGGAACAGCGGCUGGAGUCGUCCUUUAGAGAGAUGCUGGUUCUGAAGGAGGAGAAGAUUGGCGCCCUCCACAGCCGGGUGGAGGAACUGCUCCUCCUCAAUCAGCACCUGGGGAAAGAGCUGCGCCAGGUGAAGAGCAGCACUGGGGCCCCUCUACCCGAAGCGCCAGGGGCCAUGGAGCAGGGCCAGGGGAACCCCGAGCCGGUGCUGGGGCUUCGGGCUGAGCCAGAGAGCGACACCCUGAGCAAGCAUCUCAUCGAGGUGGAGCGCAGUAACGCGGCACUGCUGGCAGAGAAAGAGGCUCUGAUGGGACGGCUGGGGCAGCUGGAGUCGCAGCUGGGCGCCCUGCAGGGGGAGCUGCUGAGCCUGCAGGGUCAGAGCGGAGGCCUGCGGGAGGAGAGUGGGCGAUUGCAGGCCCAGUGUGGGGCCCUCCAGGUGGAGCAGGCGGCGUUGCUGUCCCAGAAGGCAGCACUGGAGGCCCGGGCGUCGGAGCUGCGGGAGCGACUGGCAGGGCUGGAGGCUGAGGUACGGGUGGCCCGGCAGGAGCGGGACGAGUGGCGCGGGCGCCACGAAGGGCUGGUGCGCAACCAUGACAAGCUGGCACUGCUGCACGAGCGCCAGGGCGCUGAGCUGGAGGGGCUGCUGGGCAAGCAGGCCGGCCUCAAGGGGGCACUGCGGGCACUGGAGCAAGAACACCGAACCCUUCAGGACAGGCACAGCCAUCUGGUGGCACAGCAGGCUGGGCUGGAGCAGCGAGAGGCAGCCCUGCGGGGGGAACGGGAGCGGCUGGAGGGGGCUGAGCGGGAACACCGGCAGCUGGGGGAUAAGCACGCCCGGCUACAGGACGAGCAUGCACGGGUGCAGGCGGCGCUGGCUGCGGCCGAGCGUGCGCAGGAGGAGCAGCAAGGGGAGCUGCGGGGCCUACGGGGCCGGCUGACGGGGCUGCAGCUGGAGCAGGCGCGGCUGGAGGCUGAGGGCACCGCCCUGCGGGAGCAGAACCACCAGCUGGAGGUGGCGCUGGGCCGGAUUGGAGACCAGUGUGAGCUCCUGGCCCAGCUGAAGGGAAACCAGGAGGAGGAGAAUCGACACCUGCUGCAGGAGAUCCAGAAACUGAGCCAGGAGAACCGCAGCCUGCUGGAGCGCAGCAUGGAGAGCCGGGAGCAGUACCACUCGGAGCAGCGCCAGCACCUGGAUAAGCUGAACGAGCUGCGCCGGGAGAAACAAAAGCUGGUGGAGAAGAUAAUGGACCAGUACCGGGUGCUGGAGCCAGCGCUGCCUAAGAGCAAGAAGAGCAGCAACUGGAUUGCGGACAAGAUGAAGAAGCUGAUGAAGCCGCGGCGUGAGCCCUCCCGGGAACAGCAGCGCCCCCUGGCGGAGGGGGCCAAUAGCAUUGAGAACCUGCCGGGACUUGGGCAGGAUGGGCGCGCACCUGAUGGGGACUCCAGCGCCCCUGCCUCGCCUGUGCCCCUGCGCAAGGCCACCAGCGUGCUGAGCCUGCCCGACGCCCAGCGGGUGCACCUACGGCUAAACCGACGCAAGCUGAGCUCCCGCGUCCUGGUCAGCGAGUCCUUCGGGCCUGGGGAUGCCACCCCGCGGCAGCGCUUCCGCCAGCGCCAGCGCCCCCUUGCCUUCCUGGGGGGCUCCCGCGAGGAGGCCGCUGCCCCCUGGGAGGCCCAGGAGGGGCAGAGACUCCCCAGUGCUGGCAGCGAGGAGAGAGGGCUACUGCAAGAGAAGGAGAAGGCACCGCUCACGCCCCAGCUCAGUCAGUGAGCCCAGCUCAGCCCCACCCAGAUGGCAGCGACGCAGGGAACUGAACCAGGAAGGGGUCCUGCUACAGUCCCAGCUCCCAGGAUCCUCCAGCCACAUGCCAGGGGCAUAGAGAAUUGGCUCUGCUCCCCCACCCCCAUCUCAGCUCCUGAUCCCUCCCACCCCCCGGGACUCCUGCCCUGACACUGGGGCGGGG